UCAAGUUCUUAAUUUUUUGUUCCAUUUUGCGUCAAUAUUCUAUUUAUAUUGCUUUUUAUAUCACAUUAUUACAAUUUCUACAACUAUUCUGCUUAUCAUACCGUGUGGUGCAGAUCCAGCGGAACAUCAGAUUUCUUUCAGAACGUGACUUUCUUUUGAAGAAUGAAAAAUAGAAAGAAAAUUCUCCUGCCAAAUAAGCCAAUUAUUAAACGCUCGGAAUCACACAUCGACAAAACCAAUUCGGACAAGCCUCUGAAAAAGCAAAUAUUUACCAGCGUAUCUUUGCAUCAGAAUUUGGAGUUUUUUCGGCAACAGAGUAACCUAUUCCCUAAACCUCUGCCAAACUACGGAGACGCCGAUACUUAUUUUAGACAAAGCUUAAGAAAUUAUAAUUAUUUUGAUAUCUCAUUUUUUAGUAAAAAAAGUAACCGUGGUGUCAAAAGUGCCAGAUCUGGUGAAAAUUUAAAAAAGAAAAAAUCUUCUUCGUCUGUAAAGCCCAGAACACCUUCUACAGAACUGAAAAGUCCUAUUUUAAAAUUAAAAUUACCUGAGAUAAAAAAAGAAACUGACGAAUUUGAUGCAGAUAUUUUUUAUUCGCCAGAUAGUCAAAAAAGUUCAAAAGAUUCAACUCAUACUUUAACAAAUAAUAAAUCAGACAGCAGUUUAAUAGAAGAGAGUGAAGACUUACUAAAAGAGGAAGGAAAGAAAUCUGGUGAAAUAACUCCAAUCAAUAUGGCUGAAGAUGCUGAAGAUUUUGCUGAAGAAUAUGAGGCCCAAGCUGAACCACAGCCAAUCAUGGGAGAUGAAACGGAAACUGAAGGCGAAGAAGAGGAAGGGGAAGAUGAAAUGAAGCAAGUUGAAAAGAUGAUAAAACAAGCGUCGGCAGAACUAGCUGAAGUAACCGAAGAAAAUCAGCAACUUAUAGAAACAUUUACCGAAGAAGAAGAAGGGGAACAAGAGGAAGAAGGGGAAGGGGCCCCAAUGAAAGCCGCUGGUGAUGGCUCGAUCUUCAAGUUUGAUCCAGCAAUAGACGCUGCUGUUCUCAGAGAAUUAGAAGAAGCAGAAAAACAGGCCAAAGCUACGGCAAAAAUAAUCUACGAACUGAAAACUCGAGUAACCGAAUUGCUGAAAAAAGAAAAAAAUACUGAAGCUGAAGCUAAGGAAUUGGAAGAUAAAAAUAAGGAAUUGAAAGCUCAAAUGCUUCUAUUCGAAGAGAAAACCAAACGAAUUCAAUUCCUCAUCGCCCAAACUAAUUUAUUCGACAAAAUGAUACCCCCACAAACUCCUCUUCAGACGCCCCACAAUGAAGAUGUGUUGCCGAAAGUAAUCGUCUGUGGAAUGACCGAACAUAAUAUUCCAAAAUUAUUGUUGUGUGAUGAUAAAAAGAAAUCCUGUUCUCCGUCCUGUGACAAAAAUGUAAACAUUCCAAUGUCUGUUGUGCCAAAAUUUGCCAAAAGGUUAAGUGAUAGUUACACAAUGCAAGAAAAAUUAGCCGCUGAAAAUGCCGAUUUAGAAGGCAUGAGGUAUAAAUUACAGUCCGAUUUACUCAAUAAAGACCAAACGAUUGAAUACCUCCAAAGAAAACUCUGCACCAUUCAGUGUGAAAUGCGAGUACUCUGCAAAGAAAAUUCAGAACUAAACGAAAAAGUGCAACAGAUUUGUGGUCAAAAACAAGAAAUUCAAAAACCGAGAAGAAUGCCUUGUGGAAAAGGAAAAGGACCAUGUCCUGCUGACAUCGAGCAUCGACUCAAUGAAUAUUCUGAAACAACCAAAAUUCUGGAAAAACAACUCUGCGAUAUGGAAAGUGACGUAAAAACGAUGCAAAAUGAACUUACUGCCGUACAAGCCGAAAGGGAACAUUUAGAACAACACAAGAAAAUUAUUAUUUGUCCUCCCCCUAUAUGCCAUCCACCUUGUGUUCCUCCUCCGUGUCCCCCUUGCAGCCCUUGCAUUGUUCCUUGUUCAGAUUUGCAGUUAAGAGAAUUGAGGGAACAAUAUUGCAGACUACAGGAUGAUUUCAAGAGCAAAGUGACUGAAGUUGGAGGACUUAGAGCUGAUAACGAAAAAUUAAAAGCUACAGCUAAAGAAGCUGAAGAAGCGAGAAAAACUCUUGAAGAUAGAGUGAAAGAGUUAGAAAGGACAUUAAAAAGUUUCAAGACUGAUAAUAACAAGUUUUUGGGAUCAAAGGAACAGUUAAUUGAACAAGAACAGCAACUCGCAGUUGCAAAACAAAGAUUCAGAGAAGCUCAGGAUGAAUUGGAGGAAUUGAGAUCGUUUAUUCAGGAUCAGCAAGGACAACUUGAUGACUAUCGAAAUAAAUACCUGGAAGCCCAACAAGAAGUCGAAGAGCAAAAAAGACACAUAGAUAUGUUGGAAAUGGACGCCAAUCGAGUCAACGAGCAAGUGAAUUUAGAGAUUCAACGAGUUAAAAGUCAGUUUCAAGAGAAAUUGCAAGAGCUUUUGCCGCUCCCUGAUUUACUAAAAACCACUCAAUUGAAAUUGCAAGAAGCUCAACAGAUGCACCUUCUCGCCGAACGUAAUAACGAAGCUCUUCAACGAGACUUGCAAUUAUACAAGGAUAAAAUUGCCGAAAUAACCGGCGAAAUGGACAAAGCUCGUAGUGACAACAAAUUAGGCGAAAAUGAAAAACAGUCACUGGCGCAAAGAAUUGAAGAAAUGGAAGCAAAAAUAAACGAACUGGAGGAAGAGAAUUUCAAUCUGAAGGAGGACAUGAAAAGAACCGAGGAAAUGUUGGACGAAACCGAGCGAGAAAAGGAAACAAAAAUGCACGAAAUUGCUCAACUGGCUGCCCAGUUGGAAACCGUUCGUGAGGAGUCCGCCCGGCAAGUUGCCAGAAAUAAGGAAAGAUGCGAAACGGUUAGGAGGUCGAUGCAGAACCAAAUAUCCGAUUUGGAGAGACAGUUGGCCCAAAGUAGGGCGCAAGCGAGAGCUGCACAGAAGGACAGGGAUGAAAUUCGACAGAAAAUGCAAGCGCAGAUUAAUAAUCUUCACGAAAACUUUGAAGAUGCCCAAAUGCGGAUUAGAAAUCUUCAAGGACAUGUCAACUUCCUGAAAGAAUCGUAUACUACGAAUGUUCCAGGACAUGGCGAUACUGAUUCGGUGUCCGAUCAUCAAGAUCCUUGUCACUGCGGUCGUGAUUUUUGAAAAUUUUAUACUAUAAUGAAACUGUAAACAAAUCACCUGGAAUAAAUUUCGAUGAACCAUUUUUAA